AGACACUCUCUCACACACAUGUCCUGUUUCUCACCAGAGACAGUUUAGUCACCCAGCAAGCAAGACGGAAGACACUUUUUGGAGAAGAAGUCAACAAGCGCAGCCAUGGGGAAAGGAUGCAUCACAGUCACCAAGUACUUUCUUUUUCUCUUCAACCUCCUCUUCUUUAUCUUCGGAGCGUUGAUCAUGGGCUUCGGCCUGUGGGUCCUCUUUGAUAACCAGAGCUUCAUUGCUGUUCUACAGGAAUCAUCAGACACAGUGAAAGUGGCUUCCUACAUUUUCAUCGGAGUGGGUUCCUUGACGAUGGCCAUGGGCUUCUUCGGCUGCUUAGGAGCCAUCUACGAAAUCCGUUGUCUGCUGGGUCUGUACUUCACCUGCCUCCUGCUCAUCCUCAUCGCCCAGGUCACUGCUGGAGUUCUCAUCUACUUCCAAAGAGAUCGGUUAAAAUUUGAAAUGUCCACCAUCAUAAAGGGAAUGAUAAUCAACUACACUGGCCAGAAUAGGACCACAGAGCACACCUGGGACUACAUUCAGAAGACGAUGAAGUGCUGUGGAUGGACUGGUCCAGGCAACUGGUCUGAGAACAUUUUGAUCAGGAACAGCUCCCAGAACCUCUACUCAUGUUCCUGUCGCAAUGAAUCCCUGCCCGGCACGAACAUCGAAGACGUGGGCCUGUGUGAUCACCUGUCCGCAGAAACACCCAUCUAUGAAACGGGCUGUGUAACCAAUGUGGAGAAAUGGCUCCUGGACAACUGUGGAGUUAUUCUGGGAAUCUGUGUCAGCGUGGCAGUCAUAGAGCUCCUCGGGAUGAUCCUCUCCAUGUGUCUCUGCAAGAGUGUCGUCCAGGAGGAUUAUACCAAAGUACCGAAGUACUGAGCUGAAGACAGAGCCAGCUUCACUCCACACACGGAUGGAUAGACUUUCCCCUACUCUCUCUCUCUCUCUCUCUCUCUCUCUCUCUCUCUCUCUCUCUCCUAGUCUCACAUUCUCAUGAACACACACACACACACACAAAUUAAGACAGCUGUCUCCACCAUUUCAGCUUCUGCUGCCUUGACAGCUGUGCAAAAUUCUCACGCCUCAUAUGUCCCACACACACAAACACACACACACACACACACACCUCUCAAUCAAGUUCUGACAUACGUGUUGGAAAUGUGUCUACAAGUUACCAUCCUUUUAUGUAUUUUAAGGAGACAUUUAUGAUGUUUUGGUAAUGUUUUUUUGGUGGAAGCCUGAGAAUUUAGCGGUUUGAUACGAUGCAAAUGUUCAUUUAUGAGUUGUUUUGUUUUCCUUUGCUGACCUCAAUGAAUCGCUUUACAUAGUUAGAGCACUUUAGUGACAUUUGGUGAGCUGAGAGCCGGAGCAUCUUCUGAUUUCGGGGCAUGGAGAUGAGAGGGAGACAGGAGGGUAGGGUGUGAGUGGCUCUCAAGUAUUAAUGCCACUUUGUGAUUGUGCAGCUGGUAUUUUUGGUGCAGAGGGUGGAGGAGAGGCCCAGGGCUGAGCCGGGGCAGGGCUGCUGUGGUGGAGGUUUUUGGCUUCUGUCAUGGGCUCCUUGCACCCAGUAGCCCUGAUAUUAACCUCCGUUUACACCCACCGCCAUCGCCUCCUCCUUCCUCCCACCAUCCAUCAUCUGUUAGCGUCUCUGUCCUCCUCUCGGGUGUGUCUGACUGGUAACCAGUAGCUUUCCAAAAUGACUAGUUAUGCUGAAGUAAGUGUGUGUAUGAUGUGUUGAGUGUGUAUUUUCUUUCUUAUUAUUUUAUAGUCUCAUGUCAUCAUGUCAUGUUUUUUUUACAACUGUGUAUAUAUGACGGUAAGGGAUUAUGGCACAUCAGUGCUUUGGUCAGCGUUUUAUAUGAGAAAGCUGUCACCCACAUGCUCUUGUUUUCAGAGUCCUAUUGUUCUCCAUUUCCUCUCUAUUGUUUAUGAUGUACAGAAUGUGGCGGCCACGGCAGCUCGUCAGCACUAUUUUGGUCUGAAUCAGAGAAAUUGGAUCCCUUAGAGUGAAUAUGUCAUCACUCUUGAAGCUGUAUUUUCAUUUAUUUGACAUUGCAUGAGUUUGUGAACGGACAAUGUUUAACAACUCGUGCUUUUUGUUAAAAAAAAUGUUUUUAGAUAGAUAUAAACCAUAUAAAAGUGCAAUCUGACAUGAGUCAUUUCAAAUCAUGUUUAUUAUGCUGCGAUGACACGAGGGCAGAAAGUGUUCAUAAAAACAAAUUGUGUCUUGUCAGAAUUACAGUUAGCCUCUAUUGUAUGACCUGCCAAAUUGAAACGUUAAUUUAUCUAAAUGAAAAAAUGAAGGCUUUUUAUUGUGUGUUUAAGAUAUUUUUACACUUUUACAAAAAAUAAUAAUUUUGUGUAGUAGAAUAAAUAUAGUAAGACAUGUUUAAAAAAAAAAAAAAAUGUUUCUUUUUAUUAUUGAGGAUUAUUAAUAAACCUGAA